CAUCAGCGGGCGCCGGCGGGGACCGCGCGGCAUGGCGGCGGCUGCACGGCGGGGGCGGUACCUUGCGGCUCUGCUGCGCCCCGGGGCCGGGCCCGGGCCGCGGGUGGCCGUAGCAAAAGGAGCAGCAUGUCUCCAGAGACAAAUACUGCAUCAUGGGUGCCUUUGGUACAAUGUUCGGGCCACCAGCGUUCCUGCUGUCCGGAUGUACAGCACACAGACUGCAGAGAGCAAGGAAGAGGAGCCCCUGCACACCAUCAUCAGCAACACGGAGAAUGUCCAAGGUGCAGCCUCUAAACAUGAGUUUCAGGCUGAAACAAAGAAACUGCUGGACAUUGUUGCCCGAUCCUUGUACUCAGAGAAGGAGGUGUUUAUCCGGGAGCUGAUCUCUAACAGCAGCGAUGCGCUGGAGAAGCUGCGGCAUCGGCUGAUGGCAGAAGGGAAAGCCCUGCCUGAGAUGGAGAUCCAUCUGCAGACAGACAGUGCAAAGGGAACCAUCACUAUCCAGGACACAGGUAUUGGGAUGACCCAGGAGGAGCUGGUUUCUAACCUUGGUACCAUUGCUCGAUCAGGCUCAAAGGCUUUUCUGGAUGCUUUGCAGAGCCAAGCUGAAGCCAGUAGUAAAAUCAUUGGCCAGUUUGGAGUGGGUUUCUACUCUGCCUUCAUGGUGGCUGAUAAAGUGGAGGUGUUCUCACAGUCUGCAGAGCCAGAGAGCCCAGGCUACCACUGGUCUUCAGAUGGUUCAGGAGUAUUUGAGAUUGCAGAAGCAUCGGGUGUCAGGACUGGGACUAAGAUUAUUAUACAUCUCAAAGAAGACUGCAAGGAGUUUGCAAAUGAAGACCGAGUCAAGGAGGUGGUGACAAAAUACAGCAACUUCAUCAGCUUCCCACUGUACCUCAAUGGGAGGAGAAUAAACACGCUGCAGGCACUCUGGAUGCUGGACCCCAAGGACAUCAGCGAGUGGCAGCACGAGGAGUUCUACCGCUUCAUCGCGCAGGCUUACGACAAGCCCCGCUACGUCCUGCACUACAAGGCUGAUGCUCCCCUCAACAUCCGCAGCAUCUUCUACGUGCCGGAGCAGAAACCAUCCAUGUUUGACAUCAGCAGGGAGCUGGGCUCCAGUGUUGCCCUCUACAGCCGCAAAAUUCUCAUCCAGACCAAAGCUGCAGACAUCCUGCCCAAAUGGCUGCGCUUUCUGAGAGGUGUUGUGGACAGUGAGGAUAUACCCCUGAACCUCAGCAGGGAGCUGCUGCAGGAGAGUGCCCUUAUCAGGAAGCUCCGAGAUGUUUUGCAGAAGAGGUUGAUCAAGUUCUUUGUUGACCAGAGCAAGAAGGACCCUGAGAAAUAUGCCAAAUUCUUUGAGGAAUAUGGAGUAUUCAUGAGAGAGGGGAUUGUCACCAUAGCAGAGCAGGAUGUCAAGGAGGACAUAGCCAAGCUGCUGCGUUACGAGUCAUCGGCGCUGCCCGCGGGCCAGCUGACCAGCCUGACCGACUACGCCUCCCGCAUGAAGGCAGGCAGCAGGAACAUCUACUACCUCUGUGCGCCCAACCGGCACCUGGCCCAGCACUCCCCCUACUUUGAGGCCAUGAAGAAGAAGGACAUGGAGGUGCUGUUCUGCUAUGAGCAGUUUGAUGAGCUGACACUGUUGCACCUUCGGGAGUUUGACAAGAAGAAGCUGAUCUCGGUGGAGACAGAUAUCGUUGUUGAUCACUAUAAGGAAGAGAAGUCUGAGGAGAGCCACCCAGCUGCAGAACGCCUGACUGAGAAGGAGGCUGAGGACCUGAUGGCCUGGAUGAGAAAUGCCUUAGGCUCCCGAGUCACUGGUGUUAAGGUGACCACACGGCUGGACACCCACCCUGCCAUGAUCACUGUGCUUGAGAUGGGGGCUGCCCGUCACUUCCUUCGCAUGCAGCAGCUGGCCAAGACCCAAGAGGAGCGUGCCCAGCUCCUGCAGCCCACCCUGGAGAUCAACACUGGGCACACUCUGAUUAAGAAACUUAAUGAGCUGAAAGACAGUCAGCCUGAGCUGGCCCAGCUGUUGCUUGAUCAGAUUUAUGAGAAUGCCAUGAUAGCAGCAGGGCUGAAUGAGGAUCCCAGACCAAUGGUGAGUCGGCUGAAUGAGCUCCUCACCAAGAUCCUGGAGAAGAACUGAGCCCCACAAGACCAAAAGAUGAACCCUGAGCUCUGUCUGCUAUUGCAGCAUCUGCUUGCAGGCAUUGUGCAGUAAGGGUUUUGUGUGGCAGAGGUCCAGGGACAACACAGGUGGCUUCCAACCCUCACUGCACAGAACGGAGUCACUUGUCAUUAUUAGAUCAUGCAUCAUCAACCUGAUCAAAGUAUGAUGAUCUCAGUGGGAGCAAAAUCCAGAAGAUGCUGCUCAAACAAUAUGCCCAAAUUUCUGACACAGGCUUGAAGAGCUUCAUACUGUUUCCAGAAAUGGCCUUUCCCAAAACAGAUGUUGGCAGCAAGAUUCCCAGUUAGGUCUGUGAACACCACCCCAUGCACCGAAUCUCUCUGCACCUUUAUGCUCCCAGCAAGCACUGACAGGAUUAAUUGAAGGACCCUCCACCUCUGACCAGGCAGGAGGAGCUUGCUGCUAUAGAGAUAGAUUGCUGCAAUUAGCAGACACAGAUAAUACUGGUGGAACAUGUCAGUGCAGUCCCACAGCAGAGAUCACCAAGCUGCUGGAUAAUUGAGUUCAUCCUGGUCUUGCUGUGGAGGAAGGGAGGCAACUGGGAAACAGCUUUCCAGCAUGUGGCUUUCUGGAAAGUCUCCAAGGUUUUUGCCACUUCUGUGGGAUAAACUGCAUGUCUAGCUGAUCUGUGUUUAUAAUAAACAAAUUUCUCUUCUUUUCCACA